GUGAAAGGAAAAAAAAGGAGGAAAGCAUAGAUGAAAAAAAAGUUCAAGUGAUACACAUACAAAUGGACCAUGCAUGAAUACUUCAAAAUGUUGACCUCAUUGAUACAUUUACUGGUCAGUCUAAAGGUUAUUGUGUUAAAGUAGGAAGCGCCAAUAAAAAAAUAAUGGAGAAACAAAAGGAGGAAAAUAGUGAUUAUGAAACAAAUAUCAUAACCCAAGAGAAAGACAAGGAUGGCGGUUGGGGAUGGGUUAUCGUUGCUUCUGCUUUCAUGGCGCAUGUGCUAGCUGACGGAAUGUUAUUUACACUGGGAAUAUUAUAUAUAGAAUUUCUUGAUGAAUUUAAGGAAGGAAAAGGAAAAACCGCUUGGAUAACCUCCCUUAUUCCAGGAACUAUGCUUACAGUAGGUCCAAUAACCGGAGCUCUGACGAAUAGAUUCGGAUGUCGAUCAGUGUGUAUAUUAGGUGCUCUUAUUGCUACCACUGGAUUUAUCAUUAGCUGUUUUGCAACCAGUGUGUAUUUUCUGUACUGUUCACUUGGAAUUCUCACAGGUAUUGGAUUUGGUGGUAUAUUUUUAUCCACAUUAGUAUGUGUGGGACAACAUUUUGAAAAGAGACGAUCUUUUGCUCUUGGUAUAUCUGUAAGUGGUUCAGGAGUAGGAACAUUUGUAUUUGCUCCAGUUGUGCGCAUUCUGAUAGACGAAUAUGGUUGGAGAGGUGCUAUUCUAUUGGAAGCAGGGUUCAUACUGAACAUAGUUUUGUGUGGAGCUUUCUUUCGACCGGUUCAAAACAAGAUUAAUAAAACGGAUGAAGAGUAUGUGAUCAGGAAGGAAGCAAUUUAUCUAUCAAGUUUAGAAGAUAAACCGAUCACAAAUAAGCAAAUAACUAAGAUUGAGAAAAAUGAGAAUGAAGGGUUACAAGCAUCACAGAAAGAAUCAGGAACAUCACCAGACUCUUCUGACAGUACUGUUGCAAGCUGCUUUUCUAGACAUUUUGACUUUGGUUUAUUAACAAACCCGAUAUUUACCAUAUUUGUUGUGUCGAAUUACUUCACAGCCCUUGGAUUUAAUACUCCAUAUGUGUAUUUACCGGACAGAGCUGAGGAAAAAGGUAUGAGCCAAUUUGACAGUGCAUUUCUGCUUUCAAUUAUUGGCAUUUCAAAUACAUUUGGACGUAUUAUUUUUGGAUGGAUAGCAGAUCAAAAGUGUGUAAAUCGGCUUUUGCUUUACAGCAUGUCGCUGAUUAUUUGUGGAACUGCUAAUGUGUUGAAUCCACUAAACGAUAGUAAUAUAUAUCUGAUGAUGUACUCAGCUGUUUAUGGAACGUUUAUUGGUGUGUUCGUAAGUUUAAAUACUGUGAUACUGGUUGACCUACUGGGAUCAAAACGUUUAGACAAAGCAUUAGGACUACUUAUGAUGUUCCAGGGAUUUGGUACACUCAUAGGUCCACCUAUAUGUGGGUGGCUAUAUGAUGGCACUGGUAGUUACAGCAUUCCUUUCUAUUUUGUUGGUGGUCUGGUUAUAUUUAGCGGAGUCGUGUUAUGUUUUAUACCUCUUUACAGAAGAAAUAAAACAAAGAAUCUAUAUGGCAUAAGCAGAGAAUAAGGACACAUUUGAUGUCAUAAAAGUGAAAGGCAUGUUUAUCUAUUGUCUCUAUGAGACAUACGGAUUAAGUUUUGCAAUAUAUUUUGUUUAAGUGUUCCAAAUCUCUGUUUUGACAA